CACCUACCUAACCUGACCCGUAUUGACAUACACGUAGUCUGUUGGUUAAAUUUGUUGUUUCGUGUACGGAAGCGAAAAAGUAGAAAUAAGUAGCACAGGCUAAAAUGGAAAGUAGUGAAGACAAAGUAUUUGAUAAGGAGCAGUGGAAACUUGAGGCAGAAGCGGUGAUAGCUGAUGUUAAGUGCCACGUCAAAGAAUUGAAAUUAUCAGACAAACUACCGAAUACGAACAAUCGUGUGUAUCUAAACUUGACGACGCUGGAAGAAGUCAAAUAUUGCGUAGAACUGUCGCCCCUCGGUUUUGCCGUCGUAGAUAAGACAUACGACAGCGAUUUGAACCGAGAAGCUCAAUAUUACGAAACCCCUUACAGCCUGCUGAACUACAUCAGCCCCGAAUAUACGCGGUCCUUUGGAUUGUUAGUUCACGAAAAACUUAGCAAAAUCACACAUAAAUAAUGCAAUAAAUACGGUGUACCGUCGUACAUAAUAAAAGCGAUCAUAUUCGAA